AUGGCUCAGUAUAUCUCAAGUGAAAGUGAUGAAUACUACUCACAUCAACCUCGACAGCGACAUCACUCUCAGACUAAUGAUGAUAGACUUUAUCGGCUGACUUCUAAUUUGCAGGAUACAAAUAGGAACCUAAGGCAUGUUGAUGAAAUGUUUGAUGAUCUAGUCUCCCUGGGAGAGAACAGGAGAUCUGCCAUUGACAGAAUUCGAGGAGAUUUAGACAGAACUCAGGAUGAUAUCCACUAUGAGAAACACAGAAGUAAUAUUACAGAUCGAGACUAUGGAAGUGACUCUGAAAACCAUGGUUCACCAGUGGGAGGUGGUCGCCACGGACGCAGAUCAGCAGUAAGAUUUGCUGAUGACAUGAAUAAAGAACUUCAUGGAAUACACCAAUCCAUGAGGGAUUUGUCUUCGGAGCACAUGAAGUUAGAAGAGAGUCUUAAUAAAGAUAUGGAUCGCAUUGAAAGACAUGAAAGUGACACAAGACGUUCUCUCCAGGACCUGAAUACAACACUCAAAGGAGUUUCAGGCCUUGAUCCGCUUUCAGCAAGAGUUGAGAAGAGAUUACAAGCUAUUCAGUCAGAAAUCAGGGCUGAAAGACUUGGUGCUGAUCGCGAUAGCCAUGGAGACUACACAACCCUGUCAAAUGAACUGAGAAAUGCGAUUCAGUCAGCUCAGGCAAGCAGUCAAAUUGAGGAGAAGAUCAGAAGUCAGUACCUGCAGUCUGAAGCAAACAGGCACAAGAUUGAAAGUGAGCUUGAAAAUGUUCGGCGUAGGUUAGAUCAGACAGAAGGGAAUCGUUCAGCUCUACAGUCUCAGGUGGAGCAACUGAAAUCGCAGCUGGCUAGAGCAGAACAUCGACUAAGACUUGACCUUGAUGAAUCCCACAUAGACUCUGAGGUUAGGGAGCAGCGCAGAAGAAGGGCAGCUGAAGAAAGCAAGGCCCAGAGUUUAGAGAGAGAACUUCAGGACAUGAGGGCCCACCUGACGAGGUCCGUGUCUGCCGUCACUGAGGUUGAGGACUUGAGGAGGAAACUGGACAAGAGUGAAAGACAAAGAGCACAGCUGUCAGACCAUAUUGAGACAUUAUCAAAAGACCUGGACAACAGAGAACGGCAAAGUGCCAAAGUUAUCACUCAGCUCAAAGAAUAUACUGAUAAGUUUGAGGAUUCAGACAGACAGAGAAAUUUUCUUAGCCAGCAACUUGAAGAUGCACAAAAGAAACUAAAUAAUGCAACAAAAGAGCUGGAGAAAACUGUGCAUGAGCUGCACAGUACAAAAGUGGCUUUAACAAACAGUGAGAAAAAGUUGGAUGAGGUCAAAUGCCGAGCACAGGAGACUGUCAGACAAUGGAAAACCAAGGUAAAGUCGCUUGAGAGAGAUCUUGAUCGACAAAAAUAUGGAACAGGCCAGAUGCUGUCUCGACAUGAACAGCUGGUGAAGGAAAUGGAAGGUCAAAAGCAACAUGGCAACUACUACCAACUUCAGAUUGAGAGUCUCAAGAGAGAACUAGCAGACGCACUUGCUGUUCGAGCAGCUCAAGAUGAACAGCUCAGACUGAAAGAUAUUGAAGUGAAUGAGCUGAAGUCUGUUAGGAUGGACCUAGACAAAGAUUACAGAGAUGCUAGAACCAUGGCUGAGAAGAUGGAAACUGAACUACACAACUUGAGAUCUAGACUGGCAUCCUUGACAGAAGAUCGGCACAGAUAUGAAGACAGGCUGUCUGCUGUAGAGGCUGCUCAUCAGCUUGCACAAGAACAGUCCCACCAAUUGAAGGAAGAAUUAAAGGAUUUGAGCAAUGUGAAAGCCAGUAUUGCCACUCAGCUGGCGGAAGCUGUGGCAAACAAUCAUGAUCUGGAGCAAGCAGUAGUAGAACUUCAGCACAGAGAGAGGGCAGCUAAAGAAGAGGCAGAACUUUACAAGAAGCAACUGUUUCAGGAGAGAAGUGGGCUCAGUAAAGAUUGUGAAACCAUGAAACAGGAGUUGAAUAAAGCCAAGGCCAGGGAAAGUCACAUACUGCAAGAUGUUGAUAGAAAGUUCAGGUCUCACAUUGUUGAGCAAGAUGCUACAAUACAAGCUUUAAAGAUGGAGCUGUCUGAAGAAAAGUCAAGUGCUAAAAUUAUCAACAGAAAUUUGGAAAGACUACAGGAGGAGAUGGCCAUCUUGGAGAAGAGAUUUAAAAUGGCUGAAGAAGAGAACUGUACUCUAAAAAGACAAAUGGAUUUAGUGAGAAAUAAAAUUGAGGCACAG